AUGAUAGAGGAACUUGUUGGGAGAGAUCAAGCGGGAGAGGUUCUUGCUAAACUGGGAAAAGUUGAGACAAGCAAAGAUAGACUGAUUUGGACUGAAAGUUUGGAUGGAAGAUUUUCUGCAAAAAGUGCUUGGGAAGCUAUAAGACGUCAGGGGCAUAUAUCACAGUGGCAUGAAUGGAUUUGGCACCCAACCUUACCGAAGAAGAUUUCGUUAAAUAUGUGGCUAGCCAUGAAGGGAGGUCUUUCGGUAGAUGACAAAAUUCGUAAAGCUGGUAUCCCCAUUGUAUCAAAGUGUAUGUGUUGCUUGCGGGAAGGGGGGUAUGAGGAUCAAAAUCACGUCUUGGCCUUGGGGAACGUGGCUCACUAA